AUGAUUCGUACUGCUUUGGUAACUGGUGCUGCUCGAGGAAUAGGACGUGCAAUUGCACUUCGUCUAGCUAGAGAUGGUCUCAAUGUCGCGGUUAAUGAUUUACAAGUUAACUCUUCUGAUCUUCAAAAAGUUCAACAAGAAAUCGAACAAAUUGGUCAAAAAUCGAUUGCUAUAAUUGCUGAUGUUUCUCAGAGUGAACAAGUCGAAAAAAUGAUGCAAGAGGUCGCACAAAAAUUAGGAAGUCUAGAUGUAGUAGUGGCAAAUGCAGGAAUUUGUAAUGUGAAAUCGCUAUUAGAUACGAGUGUAGAAGAUUGGGAUAAAAUUUUUGCAAUAAAUAUGCGUGGUGUAUUUCUUUGUUACAAAGAAGGAGCUAAAAUCAUGAUUAAACAAGGUAGAGGAGGAAAAAUCAUUGGUGCUUGUAGUAAUGCUGGAUAUAAAUCACGUGCAAUGAUUGGUGCUUAUUCUACUACAAAAUGGGGUGUACGAGGUUUAACACAAGCUGCUGCUAUGGAAUGGGCUUUACAUAAUAUUACAGUCAAUGCUUAUUGUCCAGGAAUGACUCAGACACCGUUGUUAGAUGGGUUUUAUGAAGAAUCGGCAGAAUUUCAAGGAACGUCAAAGGAACAUGUUAUGCAAGAUCUUGUAAAAGCUGUGCCACUUGGUCGUAUAGGAUAUCCAGAUGAUGUCGCAAACUUGGUUUCAUUUCUUGCAAGCAAAGAUUCUGACUAUAUUACUGGACAGAGUAUUUUAGUCAACGGUGGAACAAAUUUAUCUUAA